GUGAGGGUGGUUUCUUUAUGAUCUUAACGUCUUGGAUAAAAGCCAACCAAAGUUCUUCCUACCAUGGAUUUCUUUGUAUUUUUGUAGUAAGGGUUCCAGCCGAUGCUCAUCACCAUUUUGUAAACAUCGCCAUUCCCGACACAAGCCCAGCCAUAAUAUAUUCCUGUGCUAAUAUCUGCUGGAAGAUUGUCCACCACCGAAUCUGGGAAGUUGGCUGGAGAUACGAGAGAAGGGACAGAGGGAGGGAAGAGGAAUAAAAACAAAAUAAAAGGCAGAGGAGUCUUCCUUUUGAAACCAUGCCGCUGUGCAAAAAAAGCUCAAGGCAACUGCUGUUGAAGCUCAGCAUUGCGCUGGGAUCUGUAUGGAUGCUUUUUCUGGUCCUUCAGCCGGACAUAUCCCCUACCUCUGAGCUGGUUCAGAGUAACAACUGGUUGGUGUACAGGGAUUAUGAUUUUGGCCCAGAGAGAGUGUGCGACUGCUCAGCAAUCAGACGGGGACAGUGGGAGGCACUAAAGCAAGCAAAAUUAUUAAGCAUCACAAGAGACUUUCGGAAGAGUAUCCAGGUCCCUGAUGAGUAUUACAUUAAUGAAACCCGGGACUGCAGGAAUUACAAAACAAGGAGGAAAUACAUUACAUUUCCUUUAAGCAAAGAAGAGGAAGAGUUUCCUCUGGCUUACUCCAUCGUUGUUCAUCACAAGGUGCAGAACUUUGAAAGACUGCUCCGAGCCAUCUAUGCACCUCAGAAUUUUUAUUGUGUUCAUGUGGACAACAAAUCCCAGCCCUCCAUAAAAGCAGCCAUUGAGGGAAUUGUUUCCUGUUUCCCUAAUGUUUUCAUGGUUAGUCAGCCUGUGACUGUGGUCUAUGCUGCUUGGCCAAGGGUCCAAGCAGACAUUAACUGCAUGGCUGACCUGUAUAAAGUCAGUGCAGAGUGGAAAUACUUCAUCAACCUUUGCGGGCAGGACUUCCCUCUGAAAACCAACUUGGAAAUGGUAAGGGUGCUGCGCUCGCUGAAGGGCGCCAACAGCAUGGAGUCAGAAAACAUGCCUGAGGGGAAGAAGUGGAGGGUGUCAAAUGCUCAUGAAAUUGUUAAUGGAGAAAUCAAGUCAACAGGAAAGUCAAAGAGUCCACCACCCUUCAACCUGCAGAUUAAAUCAGGAAAUGCCUACAUUGUGGUAACUCGGGGCUACGUCCGCAGUGUUUUGAAAGACACCAGAGUAAAAACUCUUAUUGAGUGGAGCAAAGACACCUAUAGUCCUGAUGAGUUUCUGUGGGCGACCAUUCAGCGAAUGGCUGGCGUACCGGGGUCAUCGAGACCCCACUCCAAGUAUGAUCAGACGGACAUUAAUUCCAUUGCAAGGCUGGUGAAGUGGGCGUAUCAUGAGGGAUCAGAGCAUUCAGCUGUAUAUCCUGAGUGUCAUGGCAACCAUGUAAGAGCCGUAUGUGUAUAUGGAGCUGGGGACCUACAGUGGUUACUAGAGAACCACCACCUCUUUGCAAACAAGUUUGACACAUACAGCGAUCCCAUUCCAGUGUACUGCUUAGAGAAACAUCUCAGGCAGAAAGCUCUGAUAGAAUCAGAAAUUGAAGAUACCUUUUUGUUUACAUAGACCACAUACAAAAUAAGUGCUGAAGGUACUUACCUGUGUCCCACUGUAAUACUCCUCUCCCUGCUUGUCAAAACUGAUCAUGUAUCAAAUCAUUUUAUCCACAUUAAUAAAGGAAUCUAUUAGAUAAUUUUUGUUUAAGAUCA